CUUUCUCUCUCUCUCUCUCUCUCUCUCUCUCUCUCUCUCUCUCUCUCUCUCUCUCUCUCUCUCUCUGUCCGUCCGUCUGUCUGUCUUUCUGUCUGUCUUUCUCCUUAUCAUCCUUAGACUCCACAGGCUCGCAGUACGGAGAACGAUGAGAUCCCCGUGACGCGUCUCCCUCGCGAUGUCCCAUCUCUAUCCACCCUUCGUCACCUGACUCUCCUCAGUAUCGCUGGCGCGCGUGUACCUUUUAUUUGUCGGAGUAUGUGCGCGCGCGACUCCGUUACGAGUCCGAUCGAGUACGGAGCGUUUAAGUUCGCAGAGGAAGAAGCUUCUCGUGUUACUUGGUCAACAUAAGUUCCUUCGUUCUUCUGAAAAGUACUGAAUCAACAAGCUUUCGGGGCAUCAUCGUAAAGAUUCUCCUUAGUUCUUAACUGAAGAGAUUUGUUGGAGGACGUCAAGAAAGGGUCAGCUGUAUUUUUCGUCCUUGAAACGAAGAAUUCGUAGAAAUUGGAAGUGGAGCCGAGGACGAUCGGUGAUAUACUAUCUUAGAAUAGUUUUAGUCUACGUUGCGAGAAGGAAAGAAGCGGAGAGAGAAGAGAGUGCGGUCCGUGCGUGUGCGUGUGCGGACGGGGUUACGAAGAGAAGGUGACGAGUGUUCGAAAAACUUUUUGAAAGGUGAGGAAGAGGUGUCCUCGCGAGUGUGCAAAAUUCUUUAUCGUAAGAGAUAAGAAAAAGAGAGAGAGAGAGAUACAUAUAUAUAUAUAUAUUAUACGUCGACGUUACGUCGAAAGUGUUGAAAGAAGGAAGAAGGAAAUAGAGGAAAAAUAGAAGGAAAUUUUUCGACGGAGUCUCUACGCGCGUUUUUUGAACGUGUACAAGUAACAGAAUCGUGAAAUGUACCGGAAACGAUGGACCGUAAAAGCACUGCGAAUGGAUUUACAAUAUAACACCGUGGGUAAUGGCACGAGCACGUCCCUCAGGAUGAUCUGCGUUUUCAUCUUUUGGAUGCUACUCUAUGAUAGUACAGCACAUGGUAUACGUCGUUUAAAAGCGGACAUUUUUCAAGAAUGGCCGUCAACGGAAAAAGGACCAUACUUCGACACUUCGGUCCCAUCGAAUAUGACCGGCUUAGUCGGGAAAACUAUUCAGCUGGUUUGCAAAGUGAAGAAUCUCGGAAACAGAACGGUGUCGUGGGUAAGGCAUCGAGAUAUUCAUUUGCUGACCGUGGGACGUUACACUUAUACCAGCGAUCAACGUUUCGAAGCAAUGCAUACGCCACAUUCGGAAGAAUGGACAUUGCAAAUACGAUAUCCUCAAAAAAAGGAUUCCGGUGUAUACGAAUGUCAAAUCUCUACGACACCGCCUAUCGGACUUCCGGUUCAUCUUACAAUAGUUGAACCAGUCACCGAGAUAACGGGAGGUCCAGAUUUAUUUAUUAACAAAGACAGUACGAUAAAUCUAACCUGUCUUGUAAGGUACGCACCAGAACCACCGUCCACGAUAAUCUGGAGUCAUAAUCGACAGAUUUCGAAGGCAAUUGCUGCGGCCGAGUUGCAAGAAACUCUCUUCUGGAUAUGGCUAAGGACAAAGAACGAAGGAAACGAGGACUUAUGGUUAAAGAAGAGAAGGAGUAUAAUAGCUCGUCAACAGAACAAUUUUGAUUUCGAGUAUUCCGAUGAAUACGAGAUCGUAGUUCCACGAAAGGUCAAGUCCGACGGGACGUUUGUGUCGCAUCAGAUACCACAUCAUUUCAAACGUUCGUUCUAUGAAAAGAAUGUAAGAGAAAAUAGAGCGAUGUCCGAAGAUGAUGCGGUUCACUAUCGACUUCUACUUGGUCAGAAGGAACACCAUCUCGAGUUAUAUCCGAGUCAUCGAUUUUGCUCUCCUGGUGCCAUAAUCGAGGAACAUCGAACAGGCAAUGGCGACGAUAAGAAACGUUUCCUCGACGAUCUGCGAAUUCGACGAAUGAGAGAUAGACAGUGUCAUUAUCAAGGUCGCGUUAGAAACCAUCCGGAUAUAAGUGCACUUUCUACUUGUUACGGACUCGUAGGUUACAUCAAAACGAAAGAUUCGUGGUAUACGAUCGAACCAAUCGAAGGAUACGAUUUCACUAAAGAUAUCGAACACCCUCAUGUAGUCUACAGAAAAAAUCCGAAGGAUAUAAAAAUCAAUCAAGCUUCCUCGUGUAUAAAUUUGGACGGUUUUAACAGGACGAUUAAAAAACGUGAAUAUAACGAAGUCGUUAGGAAACGUAGAUUGGAUAACGAUAGUCAACAACAUAAAGGUCCUAUGAAAUAUACCGUUGAAUUGUUAGUCGUUUUGGAUAUUACACUUUUGCGUCAACAUCGAGAUUUCGAUGUGGAAAAUUACGUAUUGACCAUGUUCAAUAUGGCUGCUAGUCUGUUUCAUGAUAUAAGCUUAGGAUUCGAUAUGGAUUUGGCUAUAGUCAGGAUCAUCCGACUCGAAGUAGAGGAAAAAGAGAUGAACUUGGGGAUCACGAAGAAUUUAGAAACAACGUUGAAACGAUUCGAAGAAUGGCAAAGGGAUAUGAAUCCUGGCGAUGACGAUCAUCCGAAUCAUCAUGAUUUGGCGAUAUUACUUACGAGGAUGGAUUUUUGCGUGACACGGGAACUUUGUGGAUUUACCGGCGCAUCUACUAUGGCUAGCACGUGUGAUCCUUUAAAGGGAGCUGUUAUUGUCAAGGACAGUGGUCUCAUUACAGGAUUUCAUAUAGCUCAUCACAUAGGACACACACUCGGCAUGUCACACGAUGUCGGAGGGGAAAACGGGUGUCCUGGGAUAGUUCAUCAUCAGGAUGGAUUCGUGGAAACGUCGGUUAUGUAUCCUGGGAGUGCAUAUGUGACGAAAAAGUGGUCCAACUGUUCUCGAAAUUAUUUGCAACAUUACAUCCAAUCUGGUUUGGCUCAUUGUCUUGAAGACGAGCCAAAGGAUCAUCAUUUUCCUACCAUGGAGAUGUUACCUGGAGUCAUAUAUAACAGCGAUUUUCAAUGUCGUUUAAUGUAUCGUCGUGAUGUCGUUCAUUGCGAUCUUGAUAUCAACUGCGAGACUCUGAGCUGUUCUAUUCCGGGAAAGGGUUGCGUGUCAGGUAGGAAACCACCUGCCGAGGGUACCGCCUGCGCCGAGAAGAGGUGGUGUUAUAACAUGAAGUGCGUCAUGAUAGGUGAACGAUUAGGAGCGAUCGAUGGUGGGUGGAGUAGUUGGUCAUCUUGGAGUCGAUGUUCUCGUAGUUGUGGAUCCGGAGUGGCUUUUGCAACGAGAAAAUGCGAUCAUCCAAGUCCAACUAACAGCGGUAGUUAUUGUCCCGGUAUAAGAAAACGUUACAAAAUUUGUGCCACCAACCCAUGCGAAAUCGAUGCGCCAUCAUUCAGAGACGUCCAAUGCAACGAAUUCAACGAUUGGGUCUUUCCAGAGGAUGGGAAAGUUCAUCGAUGGAUAGCUUAUAAUUUACCGGAAAACUUGAAAGCUUCCGAAAAUCCGUGCUCCCUAUACUGCCUAAGCGAUACGGGUUUGGUAACGUCAUUAAGGCCAAAGGUCGUUGAUGGUACUACAUGCUACAGAGGCAUCCGCGACAUCUGCGUAUCUGGCGUCUGCAGAGAGAUACCAUGCGAUCUCGAUAUGGAAUCCAACGCGGUCGAAGAUGUUUGCGGCGUUUGUCGAGGUGACAGCACAUCCUGCAAGAUCAAGGAAGGAACGCUCGUAAUCCAAGCCCAAUCAAAACCGAGGAAGAUAGUAGACGUACCAGCUGGCUCGAGAAACAUACGAGUUGAACUAACUCAUCCUACAAAGUCGAGAAUUAUAGUAGAAGCUAAGAGUUCUGGAUUGACUCUAAUCGAUGGAAAUCACUUAGGAAUGUACGAAGUGGCAGGCUCGAAGGCGUGGCUCGGUAUGAUAAGACCGAGACAAGGAGCUUUAAAUGUGCCAGGACCCGUCACGGAAGACUUGGUUAUAUUGGUACACCCGGUGGAAAACGUAACGUUGAAGUACUCGUUGGGAUUGAAACAAGAGAAACCACGGAAGGGAAAAUUCUCAUGGGAUUUCGUUGACUGGGAACCAUGUACCGCUGUUUGCGGACCCGGCGAACAGGUCUCGAAAGCACGGUGUAUCGAGGAAAUCGGUGGUAUGGUGGACGAGAAUAAUUGCAAAAAUUUAACGAAACCGGAUGUGAAAGUUAGACCGUGCAAUCAGGCACCCUGUUUACCCAGAUGGAUGUUAGGCGACUGGCAAGGUUGCGAGAAUUGCACGGCCAAAUGUAAAAGGACACGAGCUGUGAAAUGCGUACGUCCGGUUGGUCAUGGCGAACAGGAUGUUGACAUUAUACCGGAUAAUUAUUGUCAAGGACCAAAACCGAAAGAAUCGAUCUUAUGUUCCUCCGAUAUUAAUCGAAUCAAUCGUAUGAUCGAGGAUAUCUCGAUUGAUGAGGAUAGAUCAUCGGUGAACAAUGAAACUACGGUUAACCUCGAGGAUAUUAAAAAAGGAGAACUCGUGAUCGAUAAAGAAUAUAUCGAUAAUCUAACGCUUACCAUUAUAAUCGAACGCGACGAAAAUAAUAACAUUGUUAAUUUGCCGAAGGACUUUGUCUCGAGAACCUCAGAAAAUGACACGGAAUUAUUAUUGGUCGGCAUGGACGCUGUUAAAUAUAUUCAAACGAUACAAGAGGAAGAAGUGAAAACGACUUUUCCGUUUUUCUAAUAUUAUAGAAAAUUUAAUUUUAUCAUUA